ACCUCUGGGAACGUGAAAGCCACCAUGCAGAGGCCUGCAGCUGCAACCCGGUUGUGCUGGCAGCUGGCAAACCAUGGCCAUACGUGAUGUAGUUUUCCCCAGCCGGGAACUCGUGGUACUGUUUUAUCAAAAACAGUUCAACCUCCCCUGAGUCCUCAGCCCUGGGGUCCGGCGAACCGUGUAUGCAGUGGAUCAUGGAGCGGGUCGGCUCAGGCCACCAGCCCCUUAGGUGAGGACAGUGCCUGGGGCUCAGCAGACAGUCCUGGAUCAUGGAGGCCGAGAGCGCGCCAGCCGGGAGACUUUCCUGUUGAAAGUCGUGGGCCCAGCUCGACCGGCCGUCUUCAGGAGAGGCGCCGCCCCCCACGGACCAGAGCUGGGGAGCUGCCGCUUCCGCGGAUGGGGAGGUGGGCCCUCGACGUGGCCUUCCUGUGGAGGGCGGUGUUGACGCUGGGGCUGGUCCUUCUCUACUACUGCUUCUCCAUCGGCAUCACCUUCUACAACAAGUGGCUGACCAAGAGCUUCCACUUCCCCCUGUUCAUGACGAUGCUGCACCUGGCCGUGAUCUUCCUGUUCUCCGCCCUGUCCCGGGCCCUGGUUCAGUGCUCCAGCCACAGGGCCCGCGUGGUGCUCAGCUGGACCGACUACCUCAGAAGAGUAGCUCCCACGGCACUGGCGACAGCGCUCGACGUGGGCUUGUCCAACUGGAGCUUCCUCUAUAUCACCGUCUCGCUGUACACAAUGACCAAAUCUUCGGCUGUCCUCUUCAUCCUGAUCUUCUCUCUGAUCUUCAAGCUGGAGGAGCUGCGAGCGGCGCUGGUCUUGGUGGUUCUCCUCAUCGCCGGAGGCCUCUUCAUGUUCACCUACAAGUCCACGCAGUUCAACCUCGAGGGCUUUGCCUUGGUGCUGGGUGCCUCGUUCAUCGGCGGCAUUCGCUGGACCCUCACCCAGAUGCUCCUGCAAAAGGCGGAACUUGGGCUCCAGAACCCCAUCGACACCAUGUUCCACCUGCAGCCACUCAUGUUUCUGGGGCUGUUCCCUCUCUUUGCUGUAUUUGAAGGUCUCCAUUUGUCCACAUCUGAGAAAAUCUUCCGUUUCCAGGACACCGGGCUGCUCCUGCGGGUUCUGGGGAGCCUCUUCCUUGGCGGGAUUCUCGCCUUUGGUUUGGGCUUCUCCGAGUUCCUCCUGGUCUCCAGAACCUCCAGCCUCACUCUCUCCAUUGCCGGCAUUUUUAAGGAAGUCUGCACUUUGCUGUUGGCAGCUCAUCUGCUGGGCGAUCAGAUCAGCCUCCUGAACUGGCUGGGCUUCGCUCUCUGCCUCUCGGGGAUAUCCCUGCACGUGGCCCUCAAAGCCCUGCACGCCCGAGGUGAUGGCGCCCCUAAGUCCCUGAAAGGGCUGGGCUCCAACCCCGACCUGGAGCUCCUGCUCCGGACCAGCCGGCCGGACGAAGAGGACAACGAGGAGGAGUACUUUGUGGCCCAGGGGCAGCAGUGACCAGCCAGGGCACCAGCUUAGAAGCAGGCCACUCCCCAACCUUAACACGCCUCGGCCGCUCCGGGACCCAGUAGCCUGUCGGGGGAGCAGGGGGCCCGGCACCUCCCGGGCUGGGCCUCGGAGAGCACGUGACCACGCAGUGGUGGGACCAGGGUAGGGAGCUGCUCAAAUGGGUGAGCCCCAGGCCGGCCUCUCGGUGCUGGCCGGGGCAGGGGCCCGAGCUGUGCUGGCGUCACAGCGGGCCAGGGGAGUGGGCUGUUCUCAGCCGCCCGCCAGGCCCCGGGUGCCAGGAUGGUGAUUUGGAGUUCUGACGGGUUGCUAAGGGGACAGGGUGUGGACUGCAGAACGUUAGACAUGGGGGAUGGAGACGCUAGGGCCUGGUCACCUGGAGAGCAGAGAUCUGCUCCCAGAGAGCAGAUCUAUUUAUAGUUUGGAAAUAAAGGGUUUCCGGUCCA